UACCUCGCCCAACGCAAGCAGCAUCGAUCGGCCUUUCCGUGUUCGGCCUAGCCGCUGCUCCACCAAAACUUCGCAGCUCUGAUCGCAUUGAUGAGCUUAUUGAGAUGUAAUGUAGCUUUGUCAUCAUCAGAAACAGAGAACAGAUUUGUUAUUCAUUCUAGCAUUGCCUUGCAAACGUACUAUACUUCACUACCGAACAGAAACGACGACCGACGCGAACCCGACCCUAUUAACGCCUCGACAGCCUCCGUCGAUCGACUCUACGACCUUCAACUUCCCCUGACACGUCUAGAUUCAGCAUCAUGCAAUAUCCAUGAUAUAGCCCACCAUGUGGUUGCCGACGCCUUCCGUCGAGAGUAUUACCCGGCCGCGGCUGGCUGUGGCCGUAGUUUCUGCUGUGGCCGCGCUCUCAGCCGGAUACUAUGCAUACCAGGUCCGGUCGCAAAGUUUCGAGUCUCUGCCUGGUGGUGGCCUACACAGAAGCAACGCAGUACGACGUCAACGCCGGAAUCGGAGAAACGAGGAUGGCUCAAGUUCCUCAUCCGAGGCUCCGGGUGACGAAAACGCCAAUAUUGACCCCGUCCAACCCCUUGGCGAUGGAGAGACCAUAGUUGAUGGCGGGGACGAGUGGUGGAACGAUCCCAGCGGUUUUCCUUCUAAUCAACGAACUGGCCACAACAUCGUCACCCUUCUCUUCCGCGUUUCAGAGGACAAUGCACGCAGAAACGGAUGCGUUCACAGAGGUUGCCAGUGCAAUUCAUGUGGCAUGGUUCCCAUCCGUGGAGUUCGUUAUCGCUGCGCAAACUGUGCCGACUUUGACCUUUGCGAAACUUGCGAAGCCCAGGGAGUUCACAUCAAGACGCACAUCUUUUACAAAAUCCGAAUCCCAGCACCACCGUUUGGUCCUCGACAGAUGCAGCCAGUAUGGUAUACCGGGGACCCAGACACUUGCAGACGAACUCUGCCCCGCAGUUUGAUACCCAAGCUGUCACAAGAUACAGGAUUCGAACGGCCAGAGUUGGAGGCUUUCUGGGAACAAUGGACUUUUAUGGCUAACUCGGAAUGGAGAGAUGACCCCGAUGAGCUUUGUGUCGCAAUGGAUCGGAAGACAUUCGAGCGGUGCCUUGUUCCUACAGGAGGCUCCCGCCACGCAGCACCAAACCUCAUCCACGACCGAAUGUUCUCUUUUUACGACUCUAACAACGACGAUUUGAUUGGCUUCACGGAGUUUCUCCAUGGGUUGUCCUACAGAAAGCGAAAGGAUAAACUGCGAAAGAUAUUCUCUGGCUAUGAUCUGGAUGGCGAUGGAUAUGUUGAUCGCAAAGACUUUUUGCGCAUGUUCCGCGCGUAUUAUGUUCUAUACAAGCAGAUGCACAAGGAUAUUCUAGACGGCCUUCAGGAUCAGCUACUUGCCAGCAGUGAAGCUCAACAGCUUGUCACAAGCCGUCAACCACUGAGCAGUCUAUUUGGACGCGAGGGUCGAGUUCCCCCUGGUGAAGGACAGUUCCGACACGAGGGCAAGACAUAUCAACGAGAUGGCAGUGUAGAUAUUGCUGACGGGCAUGAGCACGUUGUUGCGCCAGAUCGUGGAGAUACAGCAGCCCGCGGCGAUAUUCUAACUAACCUGUUUGCCUGUGAAACUGACCAUCGAUUCCGGUCUAGAAGGCAGUUCAUCACCAGAAACGAUACAGAUAGCAACUGGAGAACAGUUCGCCGUUUGAGUGGGAGUGAGACCGAUCGUACUUAUUGGGUUACGCUAUUGGAACCGGCAUCCACCUUGGAGGAGCUUCCAGGCCUUAUAAUGGAGACUUUGAAUCCUGAGAUUGAGGAGCCCACAGAUGAUGAGGAUGAGGAGGGUGAUGGUGACAGACCCGCAGAUGGCGUGAAUGGAAACCAUGGUGAAGAAAACGAAACUGGAGGCCCAUCACGAACGGAAAGUGAGAUCAGAGCCGAGACCAUUGCCAAGGAUCGCAGCAGGGCCCCUAGACUGGAUAAACGUAAAAGAGACAUGGCACGGAAUCAACUACAUGAGCGAUGGAAGAGGCGGCAGUUCUAUCUCGACGAAGAAGAAGGAGGCCUUGCCCCUGAUGACUGGGCAGGCAGUGAGGAUAUUCUGAUGGACCUCCGCCAGAUGGAUGAAGCCUCUAGUGACGAUGAAGAAAACGACUCUACAACGACACCAACUAGUUCAAAGGUCAGGUUUGCCAACGGAAAUCUCACUGAUGACGAAGAGCAUGAUAAAACGACCUCUCCUAGCAGUGCUUCUGAGCACGUGCCGCGAUGGAGAAUACCUCACGCCGAGCGCGAUGCUGGCAAAGAGAUUCUUUACCAGGUCACUCAACAAGCAUUUAAUGAGUUGCUUGAUACCAUUUUCAAGCCGGCUGAGGAUCUUGCUGUGCAAGCAGCUGAAACCAAAGAACAACGAGCAAAGUACAAGGACGUACUGGACACCAUCGAGGCUGGCGAUGAUGAUAAGUCUAAGCCUACAAGCGAGGGCGACUCCAAAGUUAGAUCCGCUGCUGAUAAGACCCUCGAGGAGCUUUUGUCUGAAACUGGAUAUACUAUCGCCCUGCCAGAGGGGCGAAAUGCAAUCGAAAUUGAUACUACGGUUGAAAUUAUCCCCGAGGAUGGAACGGCAGAGCCCGUUUCUCAAUCAGAAACCGAGGCAACCAUGCCAAUCUCUGAAGACGAAGAACAAGAUCCCACUCUUCCGCAAUUCCGGCCCGACACACUGGAAGAUAUACCUACUUCUUCAGCUCACGUAUUCUACCCCAUCACACAGCCUUUACCAGACACACCCGAGGGCGACGUACCAAACGAAGAGGGUGACACCGAUAGCGCUCCCACAUCAGACAUGCUGCGACACUGGAAACGCCUAAGUCUUGCUGAAGCCCAGGCGAUCAAAAGAGGAGGGUGGGGUAAACUAAGCUUUGACGAGUUUGAGGCCAUCUAUAAGAGCCAGGAGCAUCAGGGCAACAGACUCGAUUAUCUCGGAAGCUGGAUAGACUUUUGUAUUCCUUAGGCACGGCAUCGAAACCGCUUUCGAACAUGUCCUGGUAGGGCUCCAUAGUGAAUGCGUGCCCGAGCUGGUGUUCACCCUUUGACAUUUAUGUAAUUUAAGAGGAUUCUGCAUAGCAUCAAAAAGCUUCUAUGUACAAUAGCGAAAGGGAAGGAAUCGUCACAUAUCAAGCAUAGGAUAGCGGGCAAGCAUGAUAUUACUGCCACUAUGUCUCACGUUGCAUGACUGCUCGUUGUUGCAGCAGAUACAAUAUCAUUUUCAAAAUCACACAGCAGAUGAAAAAUAGUUAUUAGCAAUCGAGUUCGUAU